AUGUACGGGAGAGGCGCGAGAGCACAGGGAGGUGCGGGAGGAGCUGACAGUGAAAAAUUUAAAUUCAUUCCACAACAAAGUCCAAAACCAAUAAAUCAGCCCCAUCCACCUCCUAAGAUGCACACAUCAAAACGCACCAGAUCAGCAAGCCCGCUCCACAGCACACCCACCGUCACCUCCCUCCUCCCCUCCAGCCUCACGCUCCUCGCAUCCGCGAACCCAAACUCGUCUCCCUCCCCCUCGCCCCCUUUCCCGUCCUUCCCGUCACCCCCCCCAUACCCCGGCGCACCGCUCGGCGGGAAGAACCGCGGCGGGGCGAAGGGCGUCCCGUGGUGGGCGCCGUGCGAGGCGAACGCGGACGAGGAACCCACCGUCCCGCCUGCGCGAGUGAACAGGCCCUCGAGCGCCGACGCGCCGACGUGUGGCGCAGACGCAGACGCAGCUGAUGAUGAAGGGGAGGAGGCAGAGGCAGAGGCGGCAGAGGUGCGCGAGGAGGAGAGGAAGGAGGACAUCCAGCUCGCGGACAGCUUCGAGAACGUAUUGUGCGGGCUCGCCUGCGCACCCGUCGCCGCGCUCGCGCUCGCGUGCGGAGGGGGAGAUGUAGACGGCGGGGGAGGGGACGUUGACGUCGUGGGCGUGGACAGCCGGGACUGGCUCGGACGCGCGACGCGGGGGAAGGACGGGUGCAAAGGCGAAGGCGACGCCGCCCUUCGUCGUCGUACCUCCUCCCCCCCGCCCAACCCCGCGCUGCCAGCCCCAUCUCCGCGCAUUCGGCCUGAUUCCGCGUCUCCCGCCUCGCCCUGUCCCUCCCCUUGCGCCGCUGCCGUUGCCGUUGCUUGCGAUAGUCCUGCUGCUGCUGGAGGCGCAGGCGGGGGCGGGGACGACGCGGCCGCGCCGCGCACCCAAUACAUCGGAUCGUCCUCAUGCUCCAACAGCUCCUCCAGCACCCCCCGCCUGUUCUCCGCCGCCCGCCUCGCGUGGCCCGUGAAGGCGUCGAAGAAGUCGAGGCUGGAGCGUUUGUGGAGGGCGGGGGAGGUGGCGGUAUCGUCGUCGUCGUCAACCGCGAACCCCCCAAACCCCUCCCCCGUCGCAGACGCGAACCCCACCGACAACGGGUCCUGGGACGGCGGCACCGACACAAACGCGCCAAACUCCGAGUCUGCAGAGCCCGCCGGCGUGCGCUGGUGCUGUCUCGCGCGGGAGUGGGAGCGCGCAUGCGAGGGCGGGGGGAGGGGGAUGCUCGGCGGGGGCGGGGCGAAGAUGGAGGCGUGGGGUGGUGCGGCUGGCGCCGACGUGGACGUGAAAGGGGAAGCGGACCUGAAAAGGGCGGGCGAUGACGAGCGGGAAUGGGGGUGGGGGUGGGACGGGGACGGCGCGAAGAGCGUGGCGAAGCGGUCGAUGUCGGCGUCCGAGAGGGGGUUGGGAGGCCUUUUGGGAGGCAUCGAUGAGGGUUCUGCUUUACGCCCCUGUCCCUGUCCCUGUCCUUGCGAUCUGAACGGCGUCUUCGACACCGAGAGCGGGGGCGCGUUCGGAUUCGGGAACGGGGGAGACUGGGGACGAGAGGGCGGUGGCGUUUGGGCUGCGGGAAGGGGGAUGAGAGGGGGGAUGGAGUCCAUGGUGGGCAGAGACAUGCAGGACACGCAGGAUAUCUCUCAGACUUUACUGUAA